GUUUUUGAGAUGAGGUUUGCAAAGAUGCCUGAUGACCCUGUGGAGCCCCCACCACCUCCUCCACCUGCAGCACCAGUAGUCAGUAAAAGCACAGAAAGUUCGGACAGCAGCGAAGAAAGCUCCUCAGACUCCGAUAGCUCUGAUUCAGAGGAAGAACGGGCCAACAGAUUGGCAGAGCUGCAGGAACAGGAUGCCAGACGAAUAUCUGUUGAGAAGGAAUUACAGCACCGAGGUGCAAAGACCAAGACGACUUACUCACCAGCAGAUGCAGUCUCACGUACUGAACAGCAAGAAUACCCCCACUGGCAGUUCACAGAGAUACAUCCGCUAAAGGCAGUACAUGAGCAGUUAGCUGCUUUGUCGCAAGCUCCAGUGAACAAACCAAAGAAGAAAAAAGAAAAAAAAGAAAAAGAAAAGGAAAAAAAGAAAAAAGAGAAAGAUAAGGAUAAGGACAAAGAUAAAGACAAAGAGAAAGAUAAGGAUAAAGAAAAGGACAAAGAAAAAGAAAAGCACAAAAUGAAAUCUGAAGAAGAGAAGAAAAACAAAUCGGUACAACCAGGAAAGCCAGUACAACAGAAGAAGUCCGCUUCGAAAAAGGCAAACAGUACAACCACAACAAACAGGCAGCCCAAAAAAGGAGGAAAGCAAAUGCCUGCUGUAACAUGCGACUCUGAUGAAGAGGAAGAGGGUUUACCAAUGACUUAUGAUGAGAAACGACAGCUAAGCUUGGACAUUAACAGACUUCCUGGAGAAAAGUUGGGCAGAGUUGUACACAUCAUUCAGUCACGAGAGCCUUCUCUCAGGGACUCUAAUCCUGAUGAAAUUGAGAUAGAUUUUGAAACUCUAAAACCUACAACUCUUAGAGAACUAGAAAGAUAUGUUAAAUCAUGUUUACAGAAGAAACAGCGGAAACCAUUUCCUGUCACAGGGAAAAAGCAAGCAUCAAAAUCUAAGGAGGAACUAGCACAGGAGAAGAAGAAGGAGUUGGAAAAAAGACUACAGGAUGUGAGUGGACAGCUGAACAAUAACAAGAAACCUCCUAAAAAAGCAGAAAAGUCAGGAUCUGGCCCAGCUGGUGGUCCCUCAAGGUUAAGCAGCAGCAGUUCUUCAGACUCUGGAAGCAGUAGUUCUAGUGGAUCCAGCUCUGACAGUAGUGACACCGAUUAAUUUCUGGACCACUGAAACUAAAACAACAUAAAUCUGUUGGCAGCAUUCCCUUCUAAGGCUAAUAUAAUUCAUUUAUUUCACCAAGAUGACUUCUGUAAAAUUCGCAAGAGUCCUGCAACUUCCAUUUUACCAUGGGACAAAUCUCAUUCUUUCCCCUUUAAGUGGUAUUUUUAAUAUUACUUGCAUUGUAAGGUUUGUUUUGUAUUUUUAAUUCAAGUGCUUCUUUUCAGAUAAGCACAUAAAGAACUUCAAGAAGAUCACUUGAUUUAAGAAGAAUUAGUAAGCAAGAGUUCUGCAGUUAUAUUGCCUUCUCAUUUCUUGUGCAUGUAACAUGUUUGUAUAUAAUCGGAGUUUCUACUUUGACUGAGGUUUUAUAUAAAAAGAAGAAAAAACUGCCGGAGCCAGAAACUCUGUCAUGGGAAAAAAGUUUUUGGUUCUUUUUAGCACUUCCUUGAAUGGUUUUGAGUGUCCAUCAGUCAUCAGUUUGCAUGUCCAUUCAUGUUUCAUGGUCUUAAUUUGGAUUUUUUUUCCUGCUAUGUUUUGACCAGGUUUCCUUCUGUUUUUCAGAAGGCUAGGUUAAAGCACGUCAUUUUAAUCUGAGCAACUUUCUUUUAUUAUUGAAACCAGUUACAUUACCAAAUAAUGACAAAGAUGAUAUGUGGGAGUUGAAUAUGUACACAAGUCUUUUAUUUCUCCGUUGUUUUAAUAUUAUUGAAAAUAUGUACAUUUCCCUAUACUGGCUCUUUCGUUGCAAUACACAUGGAAUGUGAAGCACUAAAUAUCUGAUAGUAAUAUUUCACUUGAUGCCACAUAGAAUAAUGAAUGCGUAGUAGUAGCUGAUGAAACUUGAAUUUAUCCAUUUGUACUGGAUUUGCUUUCUCAUAUUCCAGUUUAUUUUGGAGAUUAAGGGCAAACACCUAAACAUAUUCGCAGGCUCAUUAAAAAAAAAAAAAUUUUUAUGUGGAAGAGUAACCAACAGAUACCAUUUUUGAAAUUCCUCAUGUAUUGAGCAUAUUUAAAGAAAGUUCCUCACAUCCUGACUUUUGAGAAAACGUCUGUAUUUCUGCUGCCCAGGGAAAAGGUUGUUGCACUUUUGGCAAAACAAAGUAUAUUUCAUUGCUGGUUUUGUACAUAAUACAUUUCUUACUGAAGUCCUUGAAGGGAACAUCACUGCUGUGCUAAUGCAGAGUGCAGGAUAGGUCUUUCACCAUACUGAAGCUUUUACCUCACACAAUGUUUUUUGUAAUGGACAGAUUUUUUCUAUAACUGAUUGCAGCGCUGCAGCAGUUCUACCUGCACCUCUGCAUCACAUUCCAUUAGCAUUAUCCCUGUUUUUUAUGUAAAUAUAUAUAAACACCUUAUUUAUUGACAUAAUAGGCAUUUUUCUUCAGACUGCAUAACCUGAAAAUGCAGAACUUUUUAGUUUGGUUCUCUCUUUUUUAAUUACAAAAAAACAAACAAAAAAAAGAUCUUAUUUUGAAAUGUCAAGAUAUUUUACCUGCAGGUACUUAAACUUACCUGUGUUGGUGCUUUGUUAUAUUUUUAUGUUCUUGAUUUUAAUACUUUGGGAUUUUGUUGUACAGAGACUUUUAGAAACAUGUAUACUUAAAACUGCAGCACAUUUUUAGCACACAUUUAAGAUAACUUUAUGCUUAAAAUGUUAGAAUUGUGCCCGGAAGGGUUUUGUAGAGGAUCCCAGCUAUAUGACUUUAAACUGUAAUUUAAAAGAUUAAAACUUUAAUAAAGCUUAGUGUUUUAAUAGAAAGUUAUGGUUGUUUUAGGUUGCUAUCAAAAAAUAACCCAAAGUAGCCGUUUAAGGCUGGAGGUUGUUUCAGCUGCCUAACUUUCAUAAUUCCUGAAAUUUAAGAGUGGUGGUCUGUAUUUGAGUAUGCUUGCGUUAGACAUUCUUUAUUCGUUUAAGUAUUUGACAUCCACUCCCUUAUGUAUAUAGCCAGAUUGUCCUUUGUGUUAGGACUUUCUUAUAACAGUCAUCAUAGGCCAGGAGUUAGACAUGUCCUUUUUAAGGUACAGCCACUAAAAAUCACACUUCAUUUACCAACCACCUCUUAGCUUCCAGCCUCUCCUGUAUUUUUCUAUUUCAUUGCAGCUUGAAAUAGCAUUUUUAAUUUAGUAACAUCCCAUAUUCUGCAAUUAAAGUGGUUAAACCUUCAUGAGAAUUUGUUUUUAAAUACUUCUCACAGUUCCAUACUUGAAUAUCUUGCCUUGUAUCAGAAGUGACAGUUAAUCAUUUUAGACCAUGCCAAUGUGCCUGUCUAGGCAGGUAAUGAAAAUGCACUGAAUUUCCCUUGCAGGAUUCACUCUAGUUGUACUAUAGCCUUUUGAAUGUAUUCACCUUUUUCUGUGAUGUUUUUAUUGUCUAGAUGACUUAAGUGUAUGAAAGAUCCAUUAUCAUACAUUUGAGGUUUAGAUGGUCUGUCUUCAGUUUUUAACAGCAAGGUUUUAUUUCUUGUGGACUGAAUUCAGUGGAUUUCAUGUAAACAGUGAUCAGGAACCUUUAUAUUUACUUUGAAAGUAUAAUUGAGAGACUUGGUGGGCUCUUUUUUUCUGUAAUUUCCUUUAUUCUGUUGUUUUAAUAUUGCUUCAUCUAGAUGAAUGCAUUUUCUUGUUACUUUCAGGCUUUAUUUAUAUAGUCAUAGCAGAGGUUCUUUUUUUUUAGAAAUGGAUGGAAGAUUUAUCUUCCAGAAUGCACUGUGUUGUUCUGUAAAAGAAAAGUUCAAAAUGGAGUUUCACUGUUCUGCCAGGUGUUUGAGUAUUCAUAAAUGGGAUGUGUUUGAGAUCUGGAUGGCAACACAACUACACAACUUACAAGGUAUGUAGAAUGACAAGGCAGCAGGUACCAUGUAAUGACUUUUGUGUUCGUUUUUACCAGAUUACAUGUAGUACUUGUUAAAAAGUGAGGCAUAACAUUUGGCUCAUAAUGCUCUCUCUCUCUUUCUCUUUGUUGUAAGGAUAAUUUUAAGUCUUUCUGAUAGCAGACAGGAAUACUAUAUUUUUCAGUUCAUUCAACAUGUAUGAAAGCAGGCUUGGGGCAAGCAAGUAACAUUUCAUGACUUGUUUUUUUAGCUCUAAAAUGGCGUGGAUAUUUUGAGAAGGCACUUCUGACACAAUGAACAUGUACUGUGAAAUUUUCAUUUGUGUUAUGGGGUCAUCAGUUUGUAUUGUAUGUUAAGAAAGAGAUAAAACAUUGAAGGGGUGUACAUUUUGUGUACUUCAGAUUAACAUUGUAAACUUAAGACUGCACUGACAUUUCUGUUGCUGUCAUAUCCUGUUUAUUCCUUGUUAAAGAGCAGAUAUAGAGGUAUACAUCACUUUGUGAUGGGUAAUGCUUGCUUCAGCAAACCAACAUGGGCAUCCCAGUUCUAUAAAUAAGGUCUCCCCUUUUAUAUUUAAGGAAAGGUUCCUUUUAUGUAUGAUGUGCAUGCAAGUUUACAAAAAAAAAAUUCUUAAAUCUUUUUAGUGCAGUUUAUAGUGUAUUCCUGUAAAUGUCAGUUACUGGAGAUUGAGUCAUUGUAAGUACUACAGUUGUAGCUUGUUUAUUGCUUUACUGGCCUCAACACAGCAGAAAGGACAUUGAACUAAUCUUUGAUGUUAUUGAUAAUCAUGAACCCCUCUGUCAUGGGGAACUGCUUUUGUUUUCAUAAUAAACAAAAGAAAAGUAA